UUUUUUUGUCAUCAUUGGUUUUAUUUUUUAUUUUUAGUGAUAAAUAUGGAUAAAAUAAAAAUAAAAAGUUCAUUUCUUAUAAUAUCUGGUUAUGAAUUCAAAAUUGCUGCUGAAAAGCAAAUUGAAUUGUCAAGUGAAUUUUUAAUGUUACCUGUUGAUACUGGGAGAGAAACAAUUCUUGCGUCACUUUCCUUCAAACAUGUCAUCAAUGUGGAGUUAAUGGAUAAUUCUGAACAAAAAGGAGCUGGUUUGGCUCUUCAUGUCAAUAAUUUUAUGAUGCAAAAGCUUCAACAUUAUUUGGUAGUGGAAGGCAAUAAAUUGAUGGAUUAUAAAUGUUCAUAUUCACGACAUAAGCUCAUUGUAUUGGACAUUCUUAAUUGCGACUAUGAGAAUAUGCAUCAUAUUCGUCAAAUUCUUAGCAAUGCAAGCCUUUUUCAUCACAAUUACGUUGUGCAACAAAUGAAUAAAAAUAAAAAAUCUAAAUUAGAAAUUGCUGUUCAAUUUGUCGGACUAAUUUCACACAAUCAAUGGUCAGUUCUUCUGAGUAUGCUGAGUGACACAGGGCUUGUUGUUCCCAUAAAAUAUGAUCGACACUCCCAACGUAUUCCGAUAAUUCCAAUAACGCAAAACGAUCAUGGAUACAUGUCUGACCCAAGAAGAUUAAAUAACAAUCAUAGUAAUAUUAUUCAACAACAUCAACCAACUUAUCUCAUACAGCAGCGCCCACCUACACCUCCACAAUCGAUUGUACUGAAAGCGACUACAUAUUCUGCUCCAGGAUUUAUUAUUGAGAAUAAAAAUGUUCCUCAACAUUUGCUUUCUAAAAAAGUAUUAAGUGAUCAUAUCUUCAAUGGUAAUAAUCAUCUGCAGCUAAUUGAUGUUCAACAGCCUCCUCAUUCGAGUUUUCAGCAUCCAUCAGUCUAUCAAGUGCAGCAAACGGGUUCUCAACAGCAACAAUCAUCUCGUCAACAUCAGCAAUCAGAUAAUCAGCAACCACAACCAAGUUAUCUGCUUCAGGACGGAAUUAUUACUACACCAGAGAAACCAUUACGCGUUCAUAUAAAACAGCAACAAAAAAACAAGAAGCAGAAGCCAACAGAAGAAAUUCAUUUGUCUGAUGAUGAACCGGAAUUGGGAUUGAAACCUUGUUCCUCAAAAUAUCUCAAUGAUGUGCUGUUUCGGUAUCCACAAAAUGCUAAUGAUUCCUGCUCGGUACAUAAAUCUGAUCUUAAACAUCUCGCUCUUGAUGUGAUGUUGAAUGAUACCAUCAUUUACUUUUACCUCAAAUAUAUUCAUUAUAGUCUUGUCCCUGAAGACAGGAGGGAUCGGAUAUACAUUUUUAACUCAUUUCUCUUUGAAAGACUUACACAGGCACCUGCUCAUGGAAAAACGCAGGUUACACUGGCAACGAGAAUAAAGCGGGUUGUGUUCAAUUUUCAAGCAGUUAGGAAUUGGACAAAAAAAGUUGAUAUCUUUUCUAAGGAUUAUGUCGUCGUACCCAUAAAUGAAGAAAUUCACUGGUAUUUGGCCAUUAUUGUCAAUCCUCAUGCUGGCGUUUUUGAUAUGGAUGGCGAGGCAAAGUAUAAUCCAUCGGAUAGCUCCGGACCUUUUCUUAUUGUUUUCAAUUCGGUAUUUUUAUUUUCUUUUGUAUUUAAUAUUUUUAAGUUAAUCGAUCCGGCACUGGAUAAACAUCUCGAUGUUAGGCAACAACUGAGUGAGUACUUACACUUAGAAUAUGCUGACAAACAUAAGAAGGAUGGAAAAUACUUUAAAAGGGAGUCACUGCAAGUCAUCCAGCCUACCCUUAUUCCUCAACAAAAAGGAUAUAUCGAUUGUGGAUUAUUUUUGUUGCAUUUUGCAGAGCUUUUUCUUUCGAUUUCAAAUCGUGCUUCAUUUCGAUGCUGGUUUCAUGAUUUUCAAAUUCAGCAUAAACGGAAUCAAAUUCAACAAGUAAUUCGCCAGGUGGCACCUCAUGUGAAACCUUCAAUGUUUAUCUAUCAGCCAACGCCUAAUAUUAACACAAAAAAGACUAGAAAAUCGAAGAGACAACAACCCCUUAUGGAAGCAUUCCCUUUGAUUGGUAGAGAUCGACGUCAAAGUGAAUCUAGAGUUUGUGAGAUUGCACGUGAUCCUCGUUUUUCAGUUUUAUAUCGUCCCAGAUCUUGUGAUUCUCUUAUCGCAGAGAAUAAAGAGAGGCCGUUAGUUCUUCAGCCUCCAACUAUUUCGGAAAUGAAACGUUACAGAAAGAUCAGGAACCCUUUAAUAGAUGGGAUAAUUUAG